AUGAGUUUAACAAGAAAUGGGUCUAAAAUGUCAAGACAUGGAAGAUUUACUAGUUCUCAAAUUUUGGAUUUAAAAAAGAAUAAAAUAUUUCCUUUAUCUAGUAAGCAUUCUGAUUCUCCAAUUGGAAUGUUUAUGAGUUAAUAAAAAGCCCCAGAUUAUGGAUAAGCUCAUUUAUUAAAUAAUGAUGCAUUAAAAAAUAAGAUCAAAGAAAAGAGAAUUCAAAAAUAAAUUGAUACAGAAAUGUUACUUAAUAAAUUGGUAACAAGAGUAGAAUCUAAGAUUGCUUAAACCCCUUUUAAAAAGAAGAUGUUAGCAAUUAAUCCAACUAUUGAAAUUCCAUCUCAAUUAAAACCUUAUUCCUUAACUCCUUAAUCUCGAAUAUCACCAUUUUAAAUUUAGAGUCCAUCAUCUUCGAAACCUAGAUCAUAAAGUCAAAACAGAAGAAUAGAAAUUUAUUAUUUAAGUAAAUUGUAAAAAGCAUUUGACAACAAUGGAUCAGAUUACUUCUCUCGAAUAUACAGAGAACAUUUUCAUUAAACUUAUUAAGGACUAAAUCAUCGAUUUUUUGCACAAAAUAAUAAUGAUUAUAAUAGAUCAAAUAAGUUGACAAAAAAGUGUUAAUGUAAUUGAAAUAAAUAUAAAAGUAGAAUAAAUAACACUCUUUUUUGAUUUGGAUGAAACAUUAGUGCAUUGUAAUGAAAAUCCAUCCAUGCCUUGUGAUGUGAUUUUAGAUAUAAACGUUUCAAAGUCUUAAACAGUUAAAGCUGGUAUAAAUGUUCGUCCUUACGCAAAAGAAUUAUUAAAAAAUUUAUCAAAAAGUUUUGAAAUAAUAAUUUUUACAGCUUCUCAUAGUUGUUAUGCUGAAAAAGUAAGAAUAAUAAUAUGAUUAGGUUUGUAAUUAUUUAGAUCCAGAGUAGAAUAUAAUAAGUCAUCGUUUAUUUCGUGAUAGUUGUACUCUCACAAAUAAUUAAUUAUACACUAAAGAUUUGAAAAUAUACUGUGAUAAUACAAAUCGACCAUUAAAUAAGGUAGCUUUAAUUGAUAAUGCUUCUUAUUCUUAUGCUUGGUAAUUAGAUAAUGGUAUUCCGAUAAUUCCAUUUUAUGAUAAUAAGGAGGAUAAAGAAUUGUUAGAUUUAGAAAAAUAUCUUAAGAAUAUGAUAGGAACAAUAGAUGUAAGAGAAUACAAUAAAAGUAAUUUAAAAUUGAAUACUUUUAUUGAUCAAAGAGGACCAUAUAAAGUAUUAGAAAAUUUGUUUGGAAAGUGUUAAUAAACAUGA